AUGGGCACCUUGUACGUGCCGUUGAUCAUUCGACUGGAAAUCGCUGAAAACGCGCCGAUCGUCUCGUUCCACGAGUAUUCCUUAACAGGUGGGUUCUUGAAAACGUUAUGUAAUUUAUUGAAGUUUUUUGGACAGUUUCAAGCUUUUCCCUUCUUCAAAAAUUUUUAAAAAAAAUUUCCCGAGAAAUUCAAAACUUUCUCCGGCUCUCCAAAAUUUAGUGAUCUUCUCUACUCUGACGGUUAUUUUGAACCUGGCAGAAUUAAUUUGAACACGGCAUUUUAGCUUUUUUAUCAGCUUGAAAUCAUCAAAAUUUAGUUUAAUCAUCGAUUUUAACUGAAUUUCUGAACUGAGUAACCUUUUUUUCUGAAAAAUUCAGCAAGGUUAGAAAAAAAGUCCAUUUUUUUCAUCAAGUCAUAUUUUUUUAAAUUAAAAAAAUUUAAAAACGAAAAAAAGUUUGAGAAUAUUUUUCCGUGUUGAUUCCUCAGCAGGUAGGGUUUCGGAAACUUGAUCGAAUUUAUCAAAGAUUUUUGAACAGUUCUGAUUCUUAUGUUUAUGCCGUGUUCAAAGUGAUUCCGCGAAAUUCAAAAUAGCUGUCAGAGAAAGAGAAAGAUAACUAAAUUUUGGAGGGUCAGAGACCAUUUUGCAUUUCGCGGAAAUUACUUUGAACACGGCAUUAGCUCCCACGGUGUUCCGCGCAAUGAAAAAAAAAAUGCGAAAUUUUGGGUCCCAGCGGCAUAUUAUCCGUGGCGCAUUAUUGCGCCCUUCUCAUGGUUUCUGAUGCAAAAAUUGAAUUUCUUCACUUUUUUUCAUUGGUUUUUUACUUUUUUCUAUUUCUUGCAUUUAUGUGAUCCGCCUCUCUAUGGGUACAUCUUGUGGAGCUUUAAAUUGCGCACUUUUUCUAAACCGGUUUCAGAUCUUUAACUUUUUUUCUCAAAAGAGUUGAAGAUUUUUUUCUAAAAAGUCCUAAUUUUUUUCAAAAAUUUUUGAAAUCUGUUUCGCGACAUGAAAAGAGUCUUUUGAUAUAUGAAUCAUCUAGAUUAUAUAUUUUUUUCUAGCUUUUUUUGAUUGUUUUUUUCGGAUUUAAACAAAAAAAUUUCGCCAUACGAGGUUUUUUUCUAAAAUUUCUGCUUUCUAUCCAUUAUUUGUUUUUUUCUGAAGCUAGGUUUUCGAGGUAUAUAAAAUGUUUUCAUUUGCUCCUCGAAUUUUUCCUCAUUUCAAUAUUUUUUUCGUAUUUAUAAAUGCUUAUUCAAUGGGAGCUGAUUCAUUUUCAUAAUAUUUUUUGUUUUUAUUUUGUAGUCAGUAAUUUAGAAUUUUUCCCUUUCAAAAUCGUUCCUAAAUGUUUUUUUAACGUAAGUGAAUUUUUUUUUUUCACAUCAUAUUCUUCAAACUGACAACUUUCGAACAUUUCAGGAGCUAUUGUCCUGAAAUCGCAAAUUCUAAAAUUGAAAAAAAACAUUUUGAGUAUGCGAUAGUGCGUCUCGGUGUGCUUACACCCUAAGCAUCAAAAAAAUUUUUCCAAGCAUUUUGGGACAUUUUUUGAAUUUAUGAGGGAAAAACUAGCUAGAGGCGGUUUUUUUUUUCGGAAUUUUCUUCUUAAAAAUAUGAUUUUCAAUCUCAGAUAGAUAGAUAAAGGAUGAAAAUCGAUUUUUGCAGAAGUCCGAUCACCGACGGCCGGUGAAAGAACGCGACAGCGGCUCCGCUCGAGCGGAAUGAAGAAAAGGAGCCCGAAAAACACGUUGAUGACGUCGGAAAGCGAGUUUCUGCCGCCUGUCGACGAAAAACAUCAUGUUUAUUAAAUUCUUUGAAAUAGAUGUUCAUAGGCAAAGUCGGAAGGACGCUUUUGGGGGCAAUUGGAGCGUCCGUGAUGAAUCAAAAGUUUUCCAUUAAUUGUUCCUAAACGAGUGGCAACGGUUUCCUUUUUACUGCCUUUUUCCGUCCUUUCAUCGGCCUUCAUCCACCCUUUUUGGACCCUUCUGAGAAAUACAAUUUUUUUUAAAUUGAGAAUAAUCUUCACCAGUGGCUAUGUAUGGACCAAAAUUUUCUACAGUAAUAAUUUCGGUAAUCAUUAAUGUCCGAGACUUUCAGCACCCUUUUUGCACCCCCAAAUCUUUCUUCACCCUUCUUUGAGGCUUUUUAGCCCACCAAGAAAGAAAGACUCUAAAAAAGCCGUAAAAAAGGGACCCUUUUAGCUGCCAUUUUGCAGCCACUCCCUUUUUUCAUCCGUUUUACGCACUUCGGACUUUAGCGAGCUCGGGGAAAGUCGGAAUGGUGGAUAAUGACCGCUAUAAAGAAGAGGCUCACAAAAGGUAGCAAAAAGUGUCCCUUUAUCGAGCCUCCCAUUUUCUUCUAGAAUUUUAAAGGCUCAAGAAAUGGUGGGAAAAAAGAGAGGUAUAAUUAUAAAUUUGAUGAUGAGAGCGAAUAAGCAAGAAGUACCAGCGAAAAAUCAGAAAAAGAUUCUUUUCUUCCUCUUUGGAAGCGUAUGUAUCCUUGUUUUGAUAGUUUGUUCUAAUUUUUCUGUUUUUUCUUGUUUUUAAUCAUAAACUAGGAACUUUCAUUAUAAAACUUAUAUAGGAACUUCAAAAAAACUAGGGAAAUAUAUAUUUUUUGGUUGUUUCCACAAUAUUUUCUGUUUUUUCGUGUUUCUCAUCAUCUCAUUUGAAGAGAGCCAUCAAAAACUAAGAAUUUAUCGAGGAAAAUUCGGGUUUAAUUAGUGGUAGGAAAAAUUUAUUAAAAGUGCCUCAUAAUAUCAGAAAUAACUGAAAAGGUUCCGGUAAAGCAAAAAAAAUUGCGAUGUAUGUUGUCCAUAGAGCAACUUUGCUGCAAAACGCCCUUUUGGCGAGAACUCAAGUUUUUUUUUUCUGAUUUCGAAUGACUUUUUCUCCGAAAAUAGGAACCUCUGCACAUUUUCAAGUAGACCGUUCGAUUCGCAAUGAAAAACUAUAAAAUUUCAUUUCACACCCGGUUUUUACUGUCCCUACGCCUUUAAAGAACAGAAUAAUCUCAUUUUUCUUAACCUCAGAAGAUUCUUUUCGAAGCCCCUCGAAGCUUUCUUAGUUGCCUUUGAGCAUUUUUAUGGAAAGAAAAAUUUCAAAAAGAUGCAAGAAUGAAUUAAAAAAAGAUCAUUUGAAAGACUCUUUUCCGUUCUACAAGAGCUAAAUUUUCACCCCUUUUACCAUGUUUUUAUACGAGACGUUUUGCAGACGGUAGAGCAAAAACCGGCCAAUCAUCCCGGCCGCCGAACCUAUUCGGAAGUUGUCGUGGAGACGUUGGAAGGAGAUCGAAUCCUGGGACCGGAGUCGGAACCUUCGUCCUCAACUUCCAAUAAUACUCCUCCGCGGUCCAUUAAAAGCGCCUCUGAGCCACGAGGUUCGUUUUUAAUUGAUACAUAUUUUUUAAAAAAAAAUGAAGCGUAUUGGUAUAGUUGAUUCACGGCUAGCUUGGGAGCAAAAGGGGCGUGGCCUGUCUGCGCUCUCCAUCAACCAGGCACUAUCUCUUAUUCUGUCGUGUCAGAACCAUUGUUUCGAUGGCUCAGAAAGACGCGAAUCAGCUUUAUAGUCUCUUCAGAUUUUGAAUGUUAAAACUCCGCCCCUUUAGCUACAGUACCUUUCGCGACGAUGAUCGUUUAAUAGCGCCAUAUUUCUCGACUUUUUUUCAAGCUUUCAGACCAAAAAAGAUCAGAAAAAGUAGGGCUAUCAACACGAAAGAUACUGUAGCCCAUUUAUUUUUCAACUUGAAAAAUGUUUGACUUUUUUUUUCCCUGGAGGAUUGAUUUUUAAAAAAAGGUUCUGAAACUGUUUUUGAAUAUUCAAACUUGGAAACGCCAGAGUGGUCCCUAGAGGGGCAACGUUAGAAGCUUUUUAAGAUUCUCCUCUAUUGCCAACCCUACCACUCCUAAAGGGACCACUAGAGCUUGCAAAAGUGGCCCUUAUAUGGGGUUUUAGUGAGUGGUCACUCUAGGGACAUGCUAGUCUAUUUUAUGAACUCUGUGAGAAGAAGCUUUUCCAAGCUGAAUCUUUUUAAUUUUCAAAUUUGAAAAAAAUUUGAUAGGUCCCAUCACUUGAGCUUUAGUGGCUCAGGGGUCAGAUCCUAAACCUAAACCCCUAAAGGGUCCACUUAUAUUUUUUAAACUGUUUUUUUACUCUAUCUCCUAUAGGGACAACUCUGGCGUUCCUGAGAAAGUCAUCUGAUGAGGAAAAUCAAACUAGUUUUUCGAAAAUCCAUCAUAAAAUGCUUGUCCUCUUUCAGACAUUGAACAAGCCUCGUAUUACUAUGGAAAUCCGCUUCUGGAGAAGACGGAAGGGAUCAUGCAUUUCUACAAGUACAAGUGAGAAAUAUCGGCUCUGAAAAAGGAUUUUCUUGUAAUUCUAGCGAUGAAAAACUGGCCCAGACGGCCCAAUGUCGGAUGCUGUGCAUGAUGGCCGUUCCAGCGCAGCUUACUGUGGCUGAAAUAAUCAAUUUCAUAGGUUUUUCUUUGAAAGAAAUUCAAUAACCUAUUCUAAUCUAGGCGGCGCAAUAUCAUCGAUUGAACGGGUGAAAGUGGUCCGCGACUCGACGCCCAACCAGUAUAUGCUCAUCCUGAAGUUCAAAAGUCAUGUAAGGCAUUUUCCAGGCAUUUUUAGGGAACUAUGAAUGAAUAUCAAGGAUUGUACCCAUAAAUGGGCAAGUGAAGAACUCAAAACGGGAAGUGGGUUGACUUACAAAAAUGUUAAAAAAUUAGGUCUAACAAUAAGUUUUAACCCCAGGGAGGUAAUAAUGACAAAAGUAAAAUUAAUUUUUUACCUUUGGCUCUAAUUUUGAAGACUCGGGAGGAGGGGUCGGCGGACUUCAAAAAUGGUGUGCCCACUCUACAGAAUUCUUGCAAAAUGCAGUGCAAAACCUCUUGAAAAAAAAAAUGUGGUUUUGAAAAUUGGAGUUUACAUUACUGCUUCUUCUGACUUUUCAUAAAAAUCAUUUUUCAAACGGCUUCCAAAGCUUUUUUUGUAUAUCUUUUUUAUCUAUUUCUCAAAUCUGAAAGGGGAAACUCUUCAGAACGACACGGUGAUGUUCUACGAAGAAUUCGCCAACAAGCCGUUCAAUUCUCUGGAACCACAUCGUUGCUUUUUGCUCUUUGUCGAUCGGAUCGAAUGUGUGAGUGGAUUUUCUGUGUUUUUCCUUCGAAAAAGAAUUAACUAAUUGUAUAAAUACUCGAAAAAAAAGAAGCAAAACGACUUUUUUCAGUUUACUUCUCAGACGCACGGUUUCAAGGCUUCAUCUGAACUGUAUACUGUAAAUUUAGAUCAAAAUCGUCACUGAAGCCGCUAUAAAAUAGUGGCGAUUUAGAGGAACGAGAAUCUUUGAAAAUUGGCUGAAAACUGUACUAAAUAAGGAUUUUCAUUCUAGAGCAUCUAAAACUGAGUACAGAAUGAAUAAAAGGAUGAAACAAUUUUAAGAUUAUUUUCAAGAACAGUGAAAUCACCUUUUGUAAUGUCCACCAGAAUACAGCUGAUUCACUGCUGGCCAUCGAAAAAAAGUGGGUCCUGACACGUUAAUAGAAGAAAUAGUGCCUGAUUGUUGGAGAGCACAGACAGGCCACCCCCCUGAAUCAGCUACAUGACACUUUCCAGGCCUCGUCUGAAGACAUGUCGGAACUCUGCGCGUCGACCGCCUUGACGGAGCUUCCAACGUGUUCGGUGUGUCUGGAGCGGAUGGACGACAGCGUCCUGGCCAUCCUCUGCAACCACACCUUCCACGCCAACUGCCUCGUCCAGUGGAGCGACAACACGUUAGCUCCUUUUUCUGGCUCAAUCGAAAAUUUCAGUAAAGAAAAUAGUUUCCCAGCUUUUGGAUACAAGAAGUGAAAGGGACGUCCUCAAAACUCUCAGAGACACUUUUUUCAUCGUUUAUAGUCUGUUCAGGUUUUAAAUGUCAAGUCCUCGCUCAAGCUCCGCCCCCUAAUGGCGCGAUAAUCCAAUAAGAGAGCGAGCCAUCCACAGAGCGUUUUUGAAUGACGUCAUUCUACUUGACAUUCAAAAUCUGAACAGACUAUAAAUAAAAAUUAGAAGUUUCGGUCAGAAAAUCAAGAAAAGAAAUGGUUCUUCAGCUGCCCAGUCUGUCGAUACAUUCAAUCGCCAGAGCUGGUGGCCGAGCAGCGCUGCUCGGACUGCGGCCAGAGCAACGAUCUCUGGAUCUGCCUCAUCUGUGGAAACAUCGGAUGCGGCCGAUACGCCUUGCAACACGCUCAGAGGUUCACAAAAAAACGAAAAAUAUUUUCAUCGAUGACCUGCAGACACUGGGAGCUGACCUCGCACACGUUCAGCCUGAAGGUCGGCGGCGAAAUCGUCUGGGAUUACGCCGGCGACAAUUAUGUUCAUCGACUGAUUGAAAGUGAUACCGAUGGGAAGCUCGUCGAGUAUCAGAGAGAGAAUAAUUUGGUUAGUUUUUAAGAAAUCAGGCAAAAUACAAAGAUACUCCAAAGGUUCCUAAAAAUUAAUGUUGAAGGCCGGAAAAAAGCUUUUUUGCACCCUUUCUUUAGGGUGGCAAAAAACGUUUUAAAAAAAAUUAUCAGGGCGCGCGCUGGACAGCGCUAGUCCGACCUUAUAAAACAAAAAAUUAAAAAUUCAUUUUUUAAAUAAAGUUCAAUUGAUUGGCAGAAUCGAAAAGGGGGAACUUGGCUUCAUGCUCAUCCCAUGUAUGCCAAUGAAGGCCCCCUUCUCUUUUUGCGACAGCCUUCAAAUCUUCCGACUUUGCUAAGAAAAGGCGCAGAGCAGAAAGUAGAAUUAAAAGUAGACUUUUUCGAGAAUUUCAGCCAGAUCUCCAUCAAGUAUGAUGGAGGGUAUUAUGAAGAAGCCCCUCCUUUUUUUCUUGUUUUUUUCCCGUUUUUUUAAAAACUUUAUUCUGGAUAAAAUAUAAGAAACUGUUUGAAUUUAUCAUUCAUUUUUUCGUGUACGUACACAGAGAAGUUACUUACUUACUUACUUACUUAGAUACUUAGAUGGUCCAUCUUUGCUUUCGACCUUUUAUUGCCUUUUAUUGUCUUUCGAUCGAAGCGUGGACCACACGUUUUCCAGGAGGUCUUAUGCAAUCGGUCAUCCAGUGUUGUCGUCCUGGUUGACUGGUAUUCUUGCGAAAAAGUUCCAUCCGUGGUGUUGAACGUGUUAUAGCAUAAUUGUGGUCUGAUUAUCUUUUUUGCCUUGCCAGGGCUAAAAAAGACCGCCCGUUCUGUUAGCAGAAGCAAGCCGAACUGCGUGACCGGUGUACCGUUAGCCGCCAUAAAUGGCGUUGCCUCCCCAUCACCGCUUAGAGGUGGUACUUGAAGGGGCACAGAGAAGUUCAAUCAAACUAUUAUUGAGAAGAAAUCUUAUUUUUCAAUCAAAGUUAAGCUUUAACCAAGAAACAGCUGAAUUUUCAUAAGUUUUUGCGGUUUUUCAAGCCUUUAAAUUUAUUCAAAAAUAAUAAAAAAAUAUAAAGUCUACCCAAUCUUAGUUUGAUAAAUAGUCGAAAAUCUCGUUUUGUAGUAUCCUACUUCUAUAUUUUUUUUCCCAUUAGUAAUGAUUUUUUUUGUCAGCCUUUUUCAUCUAUGGUUCGUUCUCGUUUCUUAAUUUUUAGACAACUUUUUCAUUUUAUAACUUUUUUCAGUCGACCUCUGAUGACAAAGACGAUAAGUUGGAGGGGAUCAAACUGGAGUAUACUUUACUUUUGACCAACCAACUCGAAGAUCAGAGAAAGUAUUUCGAGGUAAAAAAAAGAAGAAGAAAAAAUAAUCACUUUGGAAAGGAUUUAGGGCCGUUUGGCAGAUGUGGAGAAAGCGAUGAAUAAAAUGGAAAAAAUGGCGUAUGCGCAGGUGAGAAAUUGAUAGAAAGGUUUACAAGAAAAGAUUCAUUGAAGGUUGAGUCGUUGGAAUCGCAGCUGGAAGGACAAGGACAGGAGAUGAAGACCCUGAAAGUCGAGCUCCAGGAGGCGGUGACGGCGAGGACGAGCUCCGAUAAAAAGCUCGCCCAGCUCAACGAAAAGCUCGGCAAGGUCACACCAAGAAUAUUUAACGAGAUAAAAACGGGGCGGUACAUUGACGACAUCGCAAAAGUGCUUAAAAGCGAUAUCGCGCCUAGCCUCGCCGGUCUUGUCAUUCUAUUGACGUCAUCUUGCUUUUGUAUCUUUGAUAUUUUAAGUUUAUUUCAGUGCGGGAGAAAGGCGAUAUCGCGCCUAGGAAAAUGCGAGAACAGAACGACAUAUUUGCGCGCCAGCGACAUCGCUUUCCUCUUGCCCCGUACCAUGCAGUUAUCUAUGGUGCAUAUCAGGGCCGCGUUUGGAAUGGAUCAAAAACAUUAUAGCCAUUUUCGUCCGCCGCCAGUUUAUCAGUUGAUAUGAGCCUCUGGUUGCAUUUAGAAUAGAUUAAGCCUUGAGAAAAAGUACAGCUCAGCUCAUAGUUCGCCGCAUUUGGAAUGGCUCAAUUCAUGUCGAUGAGAAAAAAAGAUUUAUCGCUAAAUUUCCUGGUUUUAAGGCGAAAUCCGAGCUGAAAGAUGAGCAGGACAUGAACAAAAUGCUGCGGCAAGAUCAACAAGUCUGGAAAACGCAGUUUGAAGAUCUGCAGAAAAAACAGGCGGUCAAGGAGAAGGAGUACACCGAGGUUUUAUUAAGAAAAGAGACGGAAAAAAUUAAUUGAAUUCAGAAAAUGGAGGACCUUCAAGCGCAAGUCAACGACCUUCUGCUGCAUUUUGAGACGCAGUCGAAAAUCGCGAAUCAGCUGGCCACGGGAAACGUCACCCAACAAGUCCGUUUUUGUGUGAAAAAUCGCCUUUUUCCCCCAAAAUUGUGGUUACAUUGUAAUAUUUGCUGUAAGGCUUACUCUCGUAAACGCAAAAUGGAACCGCUUCGGACGUUUCUGAGCAUUUCUAGCGGCUUCAGUACCCUUAAGUGAUCCCUAGACCAUCCAGAAACGUCCAAACCAAAGCGCUUUUUCCCCUAAAAAUGUAGGUGCAAUGCAAUAUUUGCUUCAAGGCUAACUCUCGCACCUUGUAACGCGAAAUGGAAGCGCCUCGGACGUUUUUGAGCAAGUUUAGUGACCAUUUUAGCGGCAUCAGUACCCUUAAGUGAUCCUUAGACCACCCACAAACGUCCAAACCAAAGCGCUUUUUCCCCCAAAAAUGUAGAGACAACGUAAUUUUUGCUCCAAAGCUAACUCUCGGACCUUGUAACGCAAACCGGGAGCGCCUCGGACGUUUCUGAGCAUUUCUAGUGACCAUUUCAGCGGACUGAGUACCCUUAAGUGAUCCCUAGAUCAUCCACAAACGUCCAAACCGUAGCUCGCCUGGCUUUUUUCCUCUAAAAGUUUUGGAUACAAUGUAAUAUUUGCUCUAGCGCUUAUUAUAGUCUGUUCGGAUUUUGAAUGUCAAGUCGUCUCUCAAGCUCCGCCCCUAAUGGUGCGAUAAACCAAUCAGAGAGCGAGCCAUCCACAGAGUGUUUUUGAAUGACGUCAUUGCACUUGACAUUAAAAAUCUGAACAGACUAUAUCACUAAAGUCGUUAACUCUCGGAUCUCCGUAACGCAAACCGGACACCUCAUACUUUUAUCCUUUUCAGGAGGUCGAAAGUGGACAACUUGGAGUAACUCCAGCCGCUAACAAAACUCCGCAAAGACGUCGGAGUAAUCGCAAAUCUUAA